ACACCCGUGGCUAUCAGUGACAUGCACAUCCAUAACGUAUUAGUGUCGAACUAUUGAGGGCAGUAAAAGUAAAAAUGUCAAAAAUGUAAUAUUGUCUUUUACUGUUUUGUAUUAAACUAUACAUGGGUGUGCUCAUUCUUUGAACUCUUGCACUACUGAGAAGUAAAGUGUGUUUACGAGAAUUAAUUGAAAUUGCCCAUGAUCCCUUUUUAUAACUGCCAGGCGGAUAUCUAGCUACUUGACGGGGUUACUACAUUCAACCAUUACACGUACCCCCUUUGAGCGCCGUACAGACUGUCACAAAAUGGCGGUGCGUAACGCUUUAAGACCCCAUUUUGUGGAAUUGACACCGCAGAUCUGAUUUUACUUGAGGUUUUCCGAGUUAUGAAUAGGACUGUCACGAUUAGGUUUCAAAAUAUUUGACGCUUAAUGUCAAGGAAUAUGAUGUUGAUUUUUGCAAACGCUGUUGCAUUCGCCGCCAUCCUCCUCGUGAGACUGGUCAUCCGUCAGCUAGCUAACUUUGGUUAGCGACGUAGGACACACUCAUCCAGGCUAUCUUUUGAUUAACAUUGCGUGAACGUGUUUGUGCGGUAAUUCUUCCCGAAGUGCGCUGAAGAGUCACCUAACGUUAACCCUCUGUAAGCAUAGGACGCUGUAUUUACCCGCGUCUAUCAGACCAACAGAAGAAUAAAUGUUACGCAUUGAAUAACGUUAGCGUUACCCGUCAUAAGCCAGCUAACGUUAGCUUCUGAAAUGUGUAACGUCAGUGCUAGCUAGUUAGCAAACCUCUAGUAAGCUCAGUCGCUUUAGACGGAUAUGUAUCCUGCAUGGAAUUAUAAUGUUAAAAGUGAGGUAACUAAGCAGCUAAUUAAUGGUUACUGAUCAGCAAUGUCCGGUAACGUUAACGUCAUAUUGGGUAAAACACUAACCUAGACAGUUUUAAAAGUUUUAUCGUUAGGUAGUGUUGACGUUAGCGGAACAUUGACGUUAUUUAGAAGCUAGGCAUCCAGCUGAUUCGUUAACUUUUAUCAUGGUUGGAUUAACCUGACUUCAUGUAUAAACACUUAACGUUUCUUAAAUAAACAAAUUAAUCUAGCUGACUCAUUUUACCUUCACUCACUAGCUAUAUGAAGCCUUUCACAUCCAUGCAACUUAUUAAGCAAUAGGUGAGUUAUCCACAGAUUCCACACAGGUGCAGAGAGCUAGUCACCAGGAAUGGAAUUUGACAGCUUGAUGUAGACUAUCAAACCAUUCUCGAAUUGUGACGUUAGGUAAGGCGAUUGGUAUGAUUUUGGGUACCACCAGAGCCGAGAAUGAGAUGUGUAAAGAGUUAGCCUACGCAUCCGUCUUGAUAUCUAUGCGAGUUACUUUGAAAUCGCCCUUCGAAGUCAUUUUGCGAUGCGUAGCCCCCUCUUGCGGUCUUCUGUUACACCAUCGUAGGCCAUCAGUUUAUUGUGAUUAUCAGAUAGCCUUAUUCACUGGUUCUGACCGUGCAUGUCUUAUUUUUUUUAGUGAAAUUCACUAAUGCUGACAAUGCACCAGGUAAUCAGUUCUAUGCAGGGUUGCCUACAAACGUUUGAUGAUUAUUUUGUUGAUUUGGCUUGGUGGUGUUCAGUUUGGCCAUGGCCCAGCCUAUACGAACGUUGCUGAGGAAUACCCUAAGUUUAUGGCUUGAGGAGUAAUAGCUGCAGCGGCCUAAUUGGGACAACCAAAGGACCAAAGAAAUUGGGAACACUAUUAUUGAAACCGAGAAGAUUAAGGGAGAUAAGAUGGUGAUUUCACUGGUACUGAUAUCGAUUGGUGUUUAUGCACGUAUGACGAAACAUACAGAGGCAGCCAUGGCGCACCUGACAGUGGACCCUGCCAUCCUGCUGAUAGUCGUGGGCUCACUCAUGUUCCUCAUCACCUUCUGUGGGUGUAUCGGCUCCCUCAGGGAAAACAUCUGCCUUCUACAAACAUUUUCCAUUUGUCUUACGGUGAUCUUCCUGCUGCAGCUGGCUGCUGGCAUUCUGGGGUUUGUGUUCUCUGAUAAGGCCCGGGGCAAAGUGACUGAGGUCAUAAACAGAGCCAUUGUCCAUUACAGGGAUGAUUUGGAUUUACAAAAUCUCAUCGACUUUGGUCAGAAAGAGUUUAGCUGCUGUGGAGGUAUUUCCUAUAAAGACUGGUCCCUGAACAUGUACUUCAACUGCACCGACCGCCGCAGCCCUGAGAGCUGUGGUGUGCCCUUCUCUUGCUGCUUGCUCUCUAAAGACAAGUCCGUAAUAAACACCAUGUGUGGGUAUGAGAUGCAGGCGCUCAAAGAUGAUAAAGCAGGAGAGGUCAUUCAUACAAGCGGCUGCAUAGACAAGCUGGUGAACUGGAUCCACAGCAACCUGUUCCUUCUAGGAGGCAUAGCCCUGGGUUUGGCAGUCCCUCAGCUUGUUGGGAUUUUCUUGUCACAAAAUCUCAUCAAUCAGAUCAAGGACCAGAUCCAGCUUCAGCAGUACAGCGUGGCACACAGAUCAGAUCCAUGGCGUUGACCUGGCUGCUACUGUGGGAUGGAUUCAUGUUCCAUGGACCUUGUUCACCACGCUUCAGAACUGGACUGAGGACCAAGGCCUAUUGACUCAAUGUUCUACCCUUAUUGCUGAUAAAGUAUUUCUGAUGCCAGUUGGUCAAAAUUUGCACUGUAAGCUGCCAAUGGAUGAAAGGAUGACCGAUACAUAUUCUGAUGGAGCUUCUGGUCUUUUCCUGUCAGGCUCCACGUAUUUUAUAUGUUUUUAUUCAAGUAAACUCUGUACAGGAGGAACAUGGCUAUCUUUCAACAUCAGUUGAUGGAUAACGUUAUGGAGUUGCUGUUUCAAGCACUGGGCUGAGUUGAACUCCAUGGAGUCAAAAGAUCAUCACCAGAUGACAACCUAUCCUUAUGCUCAGUAGUGCCAUUUAAAACUUACAAUUUGUGAGGCUUUCAAAAAUUCUAAGGUCUAUGGACAAAAAAGCAAGGAGUGUUCUACAUCUGCACAUCCAUGUGGAAUGUGAUGUUCUUUUGUUUGAUGUUUGUUUGAAUCUGUCCAGUAAAGAGAUUUUUACAUGUACUUUAUACAGGUUAGUGUAAAGGCUACAUUGUUUUGUACUAUCCUGUUAGUUCCCAGUGAGCUAUUUUUAUCCAUCCAUGCUGUUUUUUUCCAUUCAUGAUGUUUCAAUCAUUUAUUCAUUUAGAGGUUUUUUGAUGUUCAAUUAACAUAUUUACCUUUUUUUUUUUUUUUUUUUUUUACUUUUAAAAAUCCUGGUAAUAUAAGAAUAUAUAAAAUAUCUUCCCAAACAAAAUGUCUUCUGACAAAGAUGGGGAGAGCUAUCCGUGCACUCAUGCCAAUGUGAAGAUUAUUUUGAUGUAGUGUUCUCAUGUGUUUUUUUCUUUUCUGUUGUAUCCAUGGGCCACAUUUCAACUUCAGGCUUCCGCAGUGUCUUAAAUAUCUAAAAUCUCUAAAAUCUAAAAAAUUUUAGACCUUAAAAAGUCUUAAAUACGUCCAGAUAUAGGUCUCGAAUAACAUUUCGUUAAAUCUUAAAUACAUUUUAUACAGCUUUCAUCACAUCUUUUUUUGAGAGAGAAAUGUGGCAUUCAUAGUGAGUGCCGUGUGUUGUAUGUCCAAGGUAUUCGUACCCUGCAAUAAAACUACAACUAACUUUUUCACAUUUCA